CGUCUCCCCCUCCCCCCCACCUCUCUCUGUCGCCUCCCCCUUACUCCUAUGGAGGCUCUCGUCGCGCGCUCCUCCGUGCUCUCGCCGCCGGCGAUCGCCGGAGAAGCGUAUACCUCCCCGUCCCGCCUCCGGGCCGCCGUCGCGCUCCCCAGGGCUCGCAGGAUCCCCUCCGCCCUCGCCAUCUCCACGCGCAGGCCGCGUGCUCCUCCUCGCCGCGGCGGCUGCCUGCUCGCUGGUGGAGGGGAAGACGGGUCCCCCAACCCCGCCGAUGACGCGGGUAGCCAGGAGGAAUAUUUGCCUCUACUCGAGAAUAAUGUAACUCUACGUGAAAGCCAUGAUGAGAUUGGUAUUUCUGGAACUGGUGGGGGUAACUCUGGUGGAUCUAGGUCUGGCCUAUUCAGAACACCUAUUUCAGGUGGUGUGCACAGUGCAACUGCUGUUCAUGAUUUACCACCACCAGCUUUGGCAGUUCGUAACCUCAUGGAACAGGCAAGGUUUGCUCAUUUGUGCACUGUCAUGUCGCGGAUGCAUCAUCGCCGUGAAGGAUACCCAUUCGGUUCUCUGGUAGAUUUUGCAUCUGACCCAAUAGGCCACCCAAUUUUUUCACUAUCCCCGUUAGCUAUCCACACGAGAAAUUUGUUGGCAGACCCAAGAUGCACCCUUGUUGUACAGGUACCUGGAUGGAGUGGACUGUCAAAUGCACGAGUGACUAUCUUUGGUGAUGCUGUUCCGUUGCCUGCUGAACAACAGGAAUGGGCUCAUCAGCAGUAUGUUUCAAAGCAUCAACAGUGGGCAUCCCAACAGUGGGGUAACUUUUACUACUACAGAAUGCAUACGAUAAGCGACAUAUAUUUCAUUGGAGGUUUUGGUACUGUUGCUUGGGUAGAUGUGAAGGAAUUUGAGGCUCAGCAACCUGAUAAGAUUGCAAUCGAUGGCGGGGAACAAAAUUUGAAGGAACUCAACGCAAUGUUCUCAAAACCUCUGAAAGAACUUUUAUCAGCUGAAGGAGAGGUAGAUGAUGUAGCUCUUAUAUCAAUGGAUAGCAAAGGUAUCGAUAUUCGUGUCCGACAAGGUGCACAGUACAACAUCCAGAGGAUAGCAUUUGAAGUGGAUUACAGCGUGGAAACACUAGAAGAAGCCAAGCAAGCGCUUAGGAGGAUAAUCAGCAAGUCUAGAUGGCACACGAAGAGCUCAACUUUGAGACGUCCUUGAAACCUGAAGCUGAAUGUUCUGUAAAAAGUUUUGUACAGUAGCGUUGUCUUAGUCUUUAUGGCGUGCCAAAUGUAAUAAAGGAACUUGUUUUCAGUGUUUAGCCAUGGGCUUAAGGUUAAGACUCAAUUGUCAGGAGCAGAGCUUAUGUACCUAUACCAAAUACUAUGUUUCUGCUGGAGUGCUAGUGCUGGAUUGAAUAAACACGAAGCACGUAGAACGUUUUAUUCUUACA